AUGUCGGACCACGACGAGGCAAUCCUGGCGGCUUCGGCCCGCCGCCCGAUCGUGCCCCUCGAGAAGGGCAAGUUCUACACGUACGGCACGGCUGGCUUCCGCAUGAAGGCCGACUUGCUCGAGGGCAUCUCGUUCCGCGUCGGCCUGCUCGCCUCGCUCCGCAGCCGCAAGCUCAACGGCCAAGCCAUCGGCGUCAUGGUCACCGCCAGCCACAACCCGGCCGUCGAUAACGGCGUCAAGAUUGUCGACCCGCUUGGCGAGAUGCUCGAGCAGGACUGGGAACGUUAUGCCACCGCUCUCGUCAACGCUACCAGCGACCAGCACCUGGUCGAGGUCUACAACCUCCUAGCGGCCGAGCUCAAGAUCGACCUCACGGCCUCCGCCAAGGUCGUCUACGGCCGCGAUACCCGCCCCUCGGGCCACAAGCUCGUAGCCGCUCUCGCCGACGGCCUCACUGCGACCAAGACCGAGUUCGUCGACUUCAAGAUCCUUACCACGCCCCAGCUGCAUUACCUCGUGCGUGCUACCAACAGUGAGGGUACCCCGCUGGCCUACGGCAAGGUCAGCGAGGUGGGAUACUACGAGAAGCUCGCCGAGGCGUUUGUGCGCGCCAUCCGCGGCCGCAAGAUCACGGGGACCCUGCAGGUCGACUGCGCCAACGGUGUCGGUGGACCCAAGCUGUCCGAGUUCCUCAAGCACAUUCCCAAGGAUAAGGUCAGCUUUGAUGUGAAGGUUGUCAACGAUGAUGUGCUUCGGCCAGAGGUUCUGAACCUUGAUUCCGGUGCCGACUUCGUCAAGACCAAGCAGCGGGCUCCUCCCAACCCGAAGCCCCAGCCCGGUGUCCGGUCUUGCUCGCUCGACGGCGACGCUGAUCGCCUGAUCUACUACUGGGUCGACCCCGAGACCGGCUUCGUCAUGCUAGAUGGUGACCGCAUCUCGUCGCUGGCCGCCUCCUUCAUCGGCGACCUCGUUGAGAGCGCCGGCCUGAAGGACGACCUCCGUAUCGGCGUCGUGCAGACCGCCUACGCCAACGGUGCCAGCACCAACUACAUCACGCAGCACCUGAAGCUGCCCGUCAUCUGCACCCCGACCGGCGUGAAGCACCUCCACCACGUGGCCCAGGGAUUCGACAUUGGUGUGUACUUUGAAGCCAACGGCCACGGCACUGUCCUCUUCUCCCCGGACGCCAUCAACGCCUUCAAGAACAAGGAGCCGCAGUCGCCCGCUCAGAAGGAUGCCCUCGACACGCUGGCCGCCCUCGCCGAUCUCAUCAACCAGACCGUCGGCGAUGCCAUUUCCGACAUGCUCCUCGUUGAAGUCAUCCUCGCCCACAAGAGCUGGACCCUCCGUGACUGGGCCUUGACCUACGCCGACCUGCCCAACCGCCUCGUGCGCGUCGAGGUCAGCGACAAGGACCGGUUCAAGACCACCGAUGCCGAGCGCCGCCUGUUGAGCCCCGACGGCGCGCAGGACGAGAUCGACCAGGCCGUCAAGAAGUACAAGGACGCACGCUCCUUUGCCCGCGCCAGCGGUACCGAGAACGCCUGCCGCGUCUACGCCGAGGCCGCCACCCGCACUGAAGCCAACGAGCUCGCCGAUCGUGUCGCCAGAAUCAUUGAGCGCUAUGGGACUCUUUAG